AUGUUUAAGUGUAAUCGUAAAUAAUGCGUUUAUAACGAUGACAGCAAGUCAUAGGCUAAUUAAAGCAUCAUUUAUAAGCCUUGUUAUGGAUGUUAUGAAGUUUUUUAUUGUUCACAAGAAUGCUUAGAUAUGGAUAAACCUAAUCAUAAAUGCGGAUAAAAAAAUGAUCAAGGAGAUUCAGAUAAAAAAAAUAAUCCUGAUUAUACCCAACUAAUAGAUGAAAGCGUUAAUUAAAGUACAAUGUCACAAUCUAAAAGAAUGAGGAGCUUAGAGGAUUACGAGUUUAUAAAUGUACCAAAAAAAAGUAAUGGAGACUUGGGUAGAGGAGCUUUUGGUGAAGUUAAACUCAUCAAAGAAAAGGCAACUUCCAAAUUAUUUGCUUUAAAAAUUAUAAAUAAGAAGAACUUAAAGAUGAGAGGAUAUGUGGAUUAGAUGAAAAAAGAAAUUAAACUUCAAAAAAAAUUGAAUUUUCCACAUGUUCUUCGUUUUUAUCAUAAAUUUGAGGACUCAAAUAAUGUUUACUUUGUCCUUGAAUAUGCAGAAAGAGGCUCUGUUUUCCAACACCUAAAAAAGAAGCGUAACAUAACAGAAGAAGAAGCUUUUUAUUUGUUCAUUUAAUCAUGCUUAGCUAUAGACUAUUUACAUAGACAAGGUAUUAUACACAGAGAUCUCAAACCUGAAAAUCUUUUGUUAGAUUCUUAUGGAAACAUUAAACUAUGUGACUUUGGAUGGAGUACAUAAUUUACUGAUUAACGCUCAACUCAAUGUGGCACACCUGAUUAUAUGAGCCCUGAAAUUAUUCGUUUUGAGUAGCAUGAUUAAACUGUUGAUAUUUGGUCAUUAGGUGUUUUAUUAUUUGAGCUACUUAAUGGAUUUCCUCCAUUUAGCAAAUAAGGAUCUUAAACUUUUAAGAUGAUUGAAGAAAUGAAGGCAGCUGAAAAAAAUGGAAUAUAAUAUGUUAAGAAAUGUUCACCUGAAGUAUAAGAUUUGAUCUAAAAAAUUUUAUAGAUGGAUAGCAAGAAGAGAUUAACUAUUGAUUAAAUUUAUAGUCACACUUGGUGUUAACAGAUGCUUAAAAAGUAAAACUGGAAAAUAGAAAAUGGAUUACUUGUUUAACUAAAUUCAGCUUAAGAUAAUUAAACAAAAUAAACUGCAAAUGAAAAAAAAGGAGGCUUAAAUGAAUAGUUAGAUGCUAAUAAUCCAUCAAAAAGCCCUAUUCGUUAAGUUGGAAUUUCUCCAAACAAACCAACAUUCAAAACAUUGUUUGAAAAUACUACUAAUACCAGUGUUAAUGCAAGUAUGCUUAGUUAGCAGGGAUAAAAUAAAUCAUAAAUUUUUGGUGAUCCUAAUUAAAGCAGGAUAAGUAACAAUGGAAGAAGUAUCUCUUAGAUACCUAGAAAAAGUUAAUUAGAUGCAAGUUCUAUGAGUGGAAAUACAACUAUGAAUAGAUCAGUAAGUCCCAAUAGAAUUCCUCAAAAUCACUCUACUCUUUUCUAAAAGGCUGCUUUAGAAAAAUAAAAUUUAAAUGAUCAAAGUAUGAUGGAUUAAAGUAAGAACGACAUUAGUAUCGUUCAUGAUCAAGCUUCAACAGCUAGAGGAAAUUACUAGAUGACAAAUAACAAUUAAAAGCCAUUUGAAUAAGCUAAUUAAGUAGGAAAUAGGCCAUCUCAUUUAGGUUAAAAUCAAGAUAAAUCUCCAAUAAAGCAAGGGAUAUUCAAUAAUUAGUAGCAGUAGAAUAAUAAUUUCGAUAAAUCUCCUUCUAGAUAAGGAGUGUUUCAAACAUAAAAUAAUAACAACCCAGAUAUAUCACCUGCAAGGAAAUUCUAAUUCAUUGAUCCUGCUGCCACUAACUUCUUGAAACCUAAAGAAAAUAAUACAGACAAAUCCCCCGCAAGAUAAAAUUCUUUUAUUGCCACUGGGGCUUCAAAUAUUACUAAGCCUGCCGAUUACACAAAUGAUAAGUCACCAUCUAGAUAAGGAAUUUUUGGUAAUUCUAAUAAUAUGAAUAACACAAUUAACAACACCUCGAAUAUAGAUUAAGGCAGAAAAUCUAAUAAUAGAAUCUUUGAUACUACUCCACCAGCAAGACUUUCUAACAAUAGAAUGGAUACGAGUACAACAAAUUAAAAUAAUACUUAGCAAAAUACUAGUAUAAAUUAAAUUGAUACUUCUACUUUAAAUAAGGCAACUGGAAGAUAAGCUGGAUUCGAUGCUUCUCCAAUCAGAAGGUAAUCUCAUAACCGCAUGGAAAGUAGCAAUAUUUCAUAAAAUAACAUAAAUCAAAAUACUAGCUAAAUGAAUACCUCUUAAUUGAAUAAAUCACCAAACAGGUAAAAAAUAUUUGAUGCCUCUCCAAUUAAUAGGCCUUCUCACAAUAGAAUGGAAAGUAGUAACAUUAAUAAUGUUUCUGCUAACAAUAUAAGUAACUUAGAUUAGUCUAAUUUGAGUAAAUCUCCAAAUAGAUAAAAAAUAUUUGAUAAUCCACCUCCUAAUAGACCUUCUAAUAACAGAAUGGAUUAGUAAGGAAAUAACCCUUAGCUUUAAAAUGCUUAGUCUGAUAUAAGUAAAAUAGAUACUUCUUAACUAAACAAAACGCCAACAAACAAAAGAAUAUUUGAUACUUCUCCAAUAAGAAACGCUAAUGUUAAUAACUAAUAAAAUAUACCUUUUGGAUCUGGCUUAAAUAGCUAAAGGCCAAUUUCUCCUAUUAAUAAUAGAGCUCCUGCAUCACCUAUUAAUGCUUAAAAAUUUGACUUCUCAAACACGGUUAAUGGGUAGAAUGCCUAAUAAAAUUUAGGCAAUCUUAAAGAAAUGUCUCCAAUUGAGAAACCAAAAAAAUAAGAUUCAAACUUUGGAGUUGAGAAUCAGUCCAACAGAAAUUUUCCACACCCAUUUAAAGGACAGCAAUCAGGAAUUCAGAUAGUGAAGCAAGGAGGUGGUGAUGAUAUGACUUUAGAUUUGAGCUUAAGUUCUUUUCCAAAUGAUUUAUCUAUUAUUUCAGAUAAAAGUGCAUUCCUUUAAACUACUAAUAUAAUGAGAGAAAAAACUGACCCAUUUUCUGGUAUUUAGCCUAUCAAAGAAGAAGAAAUAUAAAUGAAGCCAAGAAUGUCAAGAAAUGCUAAAAAUAUUGAUUUUAAGCAAACAGAAUUUGCAAAUCAUGAAAUGAUGUAAUAAUUUGUUGAGAAGCUGAAAAGAGAAUAAAAAGAGCAAGUUGCAUUGAUAGAAAAAGAUUUAGAGGAUUUGAGAAAAGAAAAUGAAUAGCUUAAGGAUUCUUCUUAAAUAUAUGCUGCAGAGUAGCUAGAAUAAAAUAGGUAAUACGAAGAAUAUUUAAGAAACUAAAUAAAAGAAUUGUAAUAACAGCAAAAGCAAUAAAUUAAUGAAUAUAAAACUAUGGAAAAAGAAAUGCAACAAAAGAAUGAAAAAGUAAUUUCAGAAUAUAAAUCAAAGUAAAUUGAUCUUUAAAAGCAAUAAGAAAAACUGGAAAAGGAAUAUCUAAAAUUAGAAUCAUAACAAACUUAGUAAGCCUAAGCUUGGUAACAGUAAUUAUUAGAGUAACAGUAAAAACUGUAAAAGGAAUACGAAAGGAAACAAAAAGAAAUUUUAAAAGAGUAAGAAAGAAAAUAAAAAGAUUUUGAAGAUAAAUGGAAAGAUAUUGGCAUGUAAUAGGAAAGUAGUAGAUUUGAAUAAUCAUUUAUGAAUCUCCAACAAGACUAAGAUAAAAAGAUAGAAGAAAUGAGAAAAGAAUAUUCAUAAAAGUAGAAAGAACUAUUAAAAAAGUAAGAAGAAUUUUAAAAAGAAUAAAAGAAAUUAGAAUAAACAUAAAAAGACUAACAAGAAAAAAUAAGGUAACAGCUGGAAGAUAGAACUGCUUAGCUAGAAAAAGAUUAUGAAAAGAAGUAGCUACAAAUAAAAUAAGAAAUGGAGAGAAAGUAUCUCUCAUUGGAAAAUUAAAUGAAAGAAUAAGAAGCUAGUAAACGUAAAAACUUAGAAAAAGAAUUAAAACUUUAUAAAGAAUCUGGCAAUAUUGCUUUGGAAGAGUAAAAAAAAUAUUUUGAAGAACAAUAUUCUGUUUUAGAGUAGUCAUAUAUUCGUAUGGAAAAAGAUCAGCUUACUCGUCAAGAAUAAAUGAAGGAAGAAUAUGAUAAAAAGUAAAAAUAGAUAGAAAAAGAGUAAAAGCAGUUAACAGCUUAGUUAGCUUAGCUUAAUAAAACUUAAAAUUAACAAUAAUCAAAAUGGGAAGAAUCCUUAUCAGAACAUGCUGAAAAGAUGAAAUAAGAUUAUAAAAACUAAAGAGAAGCUCUUUUAAAAGAAAUGGAAUAAAAAAAGAUUGAAUUUGAAAGUAUUAUGCAAAAAAGGUAAAAUGAUUUGGAAAAGGUAUUACAGGCUAAGAAAUAGCAAGAUUCUGUUUCAGAAGAGUCUUUUAUUAUGUUUGAGGAAAGAAAAAGAGUAUGCUUUGAAGAGUAAAAUGAGUAGAUUGAGUAAAACUUUAAGCGCGCUGAGUAAGAAUAGAAAUAGCGUCUUAAAGAAUUGGAGAAAGAAUUCCAAAUUAAAUAAGCCGAAUAAGAAAAAAGCUACCAAGAACUUCGAUUACAGUAUAAUAAAUUUGUUCAAGAAUAACAAGAAUACUUAGCUUCUUGGUAAGCAUAAGUUGAGUAAAAAACACUUUCUCUCUAGGAAGAUUACAUAAAUAUUUAAAAGGAACUAAGAAAAGAAUUUUCUAAGAAGUAGACAGAAUUUGAGGACAGACUUAAAGAAAGGAAUUCAAUAAAACGUUAAGAAUUUGAAAAGAUUCUAAGACAAAAAAAUGAAUAGUAUGAAGAGUUAUGCGAACAUCGUUAACGUCAUGAAGAAUAAUUUUAACGAUUAGAAUAGUCCUAUAUCGAACUUCAAAAGGAACAUAAGAAAAAAUAUUCUUAGCUUUAAAAAUAAUAUGAAGAUAAAUAGAAGGAGAUUGAAGCUAAUCAAAAAGUGAUUUUAGAGAAAUAUUCUUAGCUUGAAUAAAAUAGUAUGAAAUAACGUGAAUCAAUUAAGAAAAAUAUAGAAUUUACUGUUUAGUAGCUCUAACAAGAAUAUGAAACAAAAUAAAAGGAUCUUUUUAGUGAAUUUGAAAAGAAACAAAGGUAAUUCGAAGAAAGAAUUCGUCAAAAAGAAAUGGAAAAAAUUGAAAAUGAAAAUAUGGAUGUGUCUGGUAUUAUGAAAUAGAAAUAUGAAAUGCAAGAGUAAUACUCUUUCCUCCAAGAAAACUACAGCGCUUUAUAGACUGAAUAAGAAGAAAAGAUAAAGAAACUUGAGGCAGAGUAUAAGAAAAAAUAAGCUGAAUUAGAGAGGGAGCAGUCAAUAUUGAAAGAGAAAACUAAAAGUUUGGAAAAGGGGUAAGAAGGUCUUUAUAAAAGAUGGUAGCAAGAACUUUAAGAGAAGAAUGAAGAACUAAAAAGUGAUUAUGAGUAAAAAUAUGAUGAACUUAAAGAAGAGUUUGAAAAGAAAUAGUUGGAAUUUGAAAAGAAAUUAAGAGAAAGGGAGAGCACAAAAAGAAGAGAAUUUGAGUAUAGACUAUAAGAAAAAGAAGAAGAAAUUUCUAGGCUGAGAGCUCAAGGAGAUAAUACUGAUUAAUCUUUUGUUUCUAAAUAAAGAGUUGCUGAAUAAGAAUAUGUUCAAAAAUAAAAAGAACUUGAGGAAUAGUAUAGAGAAUUAUAAUAGUAUUGCUAAAAUUUAGAAAAAAAUUAAAUGACCUCUUUAAUGUAAUACGAGUAGAAAAUGGAGGAAUAAAUUAGAGAAAUAUAAGCUGAAUACUUCAAAAAGCAGUUGGAUUUAUAAAAAUAAUUCAAUGAAAAGUAGAAAAAAUUAGACUAAAAAAUGAAAAAUUUAGAUGAUAGCGAGUUGUCUUAUUCUGUUAACUCGAAUGCUGAUUAGACUUACUUAUUUGAAGAGAAAUUGGAUUAAUCAAUUUAGAAAGUUUAGCUAGAAUCACAAAAGAAACUUGAAAAAAUAGAAAAGUAGUACAAAUCAAUGAAUGAUGAGUAUCAAAAACACACUACAGAAAUGUAAAAAAAGCUUGAAGAUUUAGAAAAGAAGCAUGCUCAGUUUAUUGAGCAAUAACAAAAAUAGAUUUUACAAAGCUAAAAUAGAGGACAAUUAGCGAUCUAAACCUAGGACAAUUCAAAAUAAGAUCGUACUCCUGCUUCUCCUAAACCAAUUAAAAAAUAAAAAUCUAUAGAAAAAGAUGAUGAACAAAAUGGGAUCAUGAAUUCUCGCAAAAUUCAUUCAUAAGAUAAAAAAUUACAUAGCAGUCAGCUCACUCUAGAAAAAUAAAAUAGUGGUAAAAGAAAUUAGUCAGCUUAACAACUUGAAAAACCUCCUAAAUCUCCUAAAACAAAGAAAUAGUCAUUCCCAGAUUUGCAGUCGAUAAUAGAACGCCCAACUGUAGAAAGCUCUUAAGGAUAUGAUAAUGAUCCAGAUCUUAAAAAGGUUUUGAAAAGCAUGUAAGAAAGUAUCAAUAAACUUAAUAAUAAUCUAUAAAACUAGAAUGACUUAUCUAUGAAUUAGAGUAGAUAGAUGAUGGCAGAUCUUUCUAUGGAAUCUAAUAUGAGCAAAAUUAGAAGAAUCCAAAUGAAAAAUUCAAAAAUUAAUGACUCUGCUGAUGAGUACUAUGACCCUAUGAUAAAUAGAACUUAUUUAGAAGCCUCUUUGCUUAAUUAGAGUCAGUUAAAUACUAAAUUAAGCUAAAAAAAAUUAGAUUUACUGAAUGAGUCAUCCUUAAGAUAACAAGCAAGAAAGAGUAGUAAUUUUGAUGUUUCUGUCAGUACUAUUAGUGAAGAUAGUAGAAUAGUUCGCUAAAAAAUGAGUCGUUAACAAGAAAAAGAACUUCGUCCAAUAGAAAACAAAAAACCAACAAAAGAAGAAGAUUUGGGAUUCUUUGAUAGAAUUAAAUAUGUAUUUGGUUGCACAACAAGAAGAUGA